AUGAGUGAAAAAGCCCAGGAGAAUACGCCACAGUCAAUAAAUAAUUCUACUUAUAGAGAGACAAAUUCGAAAUCGAGUGCUAGUGAAAAAAGAGAAGUGAAUGAAUUGAAAAUUCAAAAUGUGGACGAGCUCUCCUACGAAGACCUGAAGAGAUCCAUCGAUCGAGUGAGGACAGAGGCUGUGGAGCCCUUCACAUUCCUCAGCAAUAUCGCAGACGACGUGGAGUUGCGUGUGCCAAGGGACACCGAUAUCGACAUCCAACUGUCUGCGCUCUCCCAACAAAUCCAACUGAACAAAUCCCUCUUGGAGAAGACGAAUAAUCGUAUCAAGAGAAUUAAUUCCACUGGAAAAGUAUCAGGGAUCGAUCAUACUGCAGACUUCACUGUUCUCUCUCCUGAAUUAAAUAAGGUGGUUGAAGCGUUCAAUGCCACCCUCUCAACAGUCUCAAAAGUGAAGGAAAUUAUAUCAAAAACCUCGGAAACUCUGCAUUACGAGUGAUUCAACUGUCUGCCCUCUUCCAACCAAUCCAAUUCAACAAAU